AUGCCUGCUCCAACUGAUUCCACACAUGCUUCCAUCAGGGAGAAGAUGGAAGCUUUAAUCCGUCGUAAACAAAAGGAAAUUACUGAAGGUUUAGAAUCUGUCGAUACUGUUAAAUUCCAUGCUGAUACAUGGGAACGUGGUAAUGACGGUGGUGGUGGUACCUCUAUGGUUAUUUCCAACGGUUCCACCUUCGAGAAAGGUGGUGUCAACGUCUCUGUUGUCUAUGGUAAUUUAACCCCAACUGCUAUCUUAGCUAUGAAGAAUGAUCAUGCUGACUUGAAAUUGCCAAUUGAUCCAGAGACUGGUUUACCUGUAGCUGAAGGUGUCAAAUUUUUUGCAUGUGGUUUAAGUAUGGUUAUCCAUCCAAAAAAUCCACAUUGUCCAACUACCCAUUUGAACUAUAGAUAUUUUGAAACUUGGAAUCCAGAUGGAACCCCACAAAGUUGGUGGUUUGGUGGUGGUGCCGAUUUGACUCCAUUCUAUUUAUAUGAAGAAGAUGCUGUCCUAUUCCACACUUUACACAAGAAAGCACUUGAUAAGUAUGACCCUGCUUUAUAUCCAAGAUUCAAGAAGUGGGCAGAUGAAUAUUACUUGAUCAAACACCGUAAUGAAACUCGUGGUAUUGGUGGUACUUUCUUCGAUGACUACAAUGAAAAGGAUCCUGAAGAAAUCUUGAAGAUUGUUGAAGACAGCUUUGACGCUUUCUUGCCAUCCUAUUUGACAAUUGUCAAAAGAAGAAAAGACAUGCCAUUCACUGAGGAAGAAAAGAAAUGGCAAUUGAUUAGACGUGGUAGAUACGUUGAAUACAAUUUAAUCUAUGAUAGAGGUACUCAAUUUGGUUUAAGAACCCCAGGUUCUAGAGUUGAAUCUAUCUUGAUGAGUUUGCCAGAAUACGCUUCCUGGGUUUAUGACCAUCAUCCUGCACCAGGUUCUAGAGAAGCUAAAUUGUUGGAAGUUACUGCUCAUCCAAGAGAAUGGGCUGAAUGA